AUGUACAGAUUGCACAGUUUACUUUACCUGGGAGUGCUGAUAAUGGCGGUGGUGGCCAACAAGAUGCUGGAAGACUGUUUGAGAUCAAACAGCGAAUACAACAUGAAUGUGGUGCUGCUGGAAGACAACACUUAUGAGUGGAGUAUGCCGUAUGUGCGGAAUUUAGUGGAACAAGCCAUUGCGAAGGACAAGGAGGAGAACGAAAGGCAUGAUAUUCAUAACUUCACGUUGAAGGCUACCUACAAUGGGUUCAACACCACCAUGUACUACCGGCAGGGCUGUGGGAGCAGCACCUGUGAGGGAGUGGCAAUACUCAAGGAGCUGCAUACUGGUGGUGAUAUUGGAUGCGUCAUGCUUGGGCCUUCCUGCACUUAUGCCACCUUCCAGUUAGUGGACGAUGAAAUUGGCCUGAGCCUGAGCAUUCCUGUCAUCUCUGCUGGGAGCUUCGGCCUCUCUUGUGACUAUAAGCCAAAACUGACCCGAAUGCUGCCUCCUGGACGCAAGAUCGCAGACUUCCUCGUGAACUUUAUGAAUGAAACCUUGCCAUUUAAGACUGAAAUUUGGGAGCAGGUCUAUGUCUACAAGAGGUCCGGCAACGAACCCGAGGACUGCUUCUGGUACAUCAAUGCACUGGAGGCACCCUCUGCUGAUUUUGCCACACUUACAAGCAGAAAGAUGCUGCGAGGAGAAGACGAGUUGGAGGAUGCGCUCAAAGCUAAGAAAAGAUACAGCAACAUUUUCAUCUUAUGUGGGAGCCCUAAAGAUGUCAUCGCAAUAAAGGAGAAAGCGGGACAGAUCCACGAGGACAUCAUGUUCAUUCUCCUUGAUAUUUACAACCCAGAGUAUUAUAUCAACACAACCUCUGUUAAGGGUAUGGAGAAUGUAGUGGUGGUCACUUUGCCACCGAGGAACUACACUAAUGGAGCACACACAGCAUACAACGACACGAUCAACGACUAUGUGGCUGGGUACCAUGAUGGGGCUCUGCUGUUUGGCAAAGUGCUCAGAGAGACGAUCCUCAAUCAGCGACGUAACAGGGGAUCCUACGAUGUGCCUCUGAGUUACAACCCUUUUGGAAACGUCUCCUUUGAUGGUCUGGGAGGACACUAUGUGCUUGAUGAGUACGGUGACAGAGAUGUAAACUUCUCUUUAAUUUACACGUCGACUGUCACUGGGAAGUACGAAACCCUGUCAGUGUUUGAUACUUCAAGAAAUACAACCAUAUCGAUGACUGCGGACCCUGCCCUGCUCUGGAAUGGUCACCUGCCUAACGACGUGCCUACUGUGCCGUCAGAUGGUUUAAAUAUGCAGGAUGUGAUUGUGAUUGUUCUGAGUCUCAGUGUCGUCGUGGUGACAGUCAUCGCUCUCAUCUUCUACAGGCAGAACAGGAAGGAGCGUCUCAUGCAGAAGAGGUGGUCUCACAUCCACCCGCAUCUGAUUGCUCCGCUGGAUGAGAAGGAGGUCUCUUUGAAGAUUGAUGAAGAUAAGAGGAAGGACAGCACCUUCUUCAGUCACAGAGGCCGCUAUGACAAAAAGCCUGUAAUCUUAAAAGAGCUGAAGCACACAGACGGAGACUUCACUGAGGACCAGAGGAUUGAGCUCAACACUCUGCUACGUAUAGAUUACUACAAUCUGACCAAGUUCUACGGCACGGUGAAGUUUGAGUACGGUGUUUUUGGGGUGUUCGAGCUCUGUCAGAGGGGCUCCCUCAGGUACAUUCUGAAUGACCGGAUCUCUUACCCUGAUGAAACCUUCAUGGACAUGGAGUUUAAGAUAUCAGUCAUGUAUGACAUAGCAAAGGGCAUGUCAUAUCUCCACUCCAGUAACAUUGAGGUCCACGGUCGCCUUAAGUCCACUAACUGUGUGGUUGACAACCGCAUGGUGGUCAAGAUCACUGACUUUGGCUGUCACACCAUCCUGAGCCCAGGCAGAGACGUGUGGACCGCUCCAGAGCAUCUUCGGAAAGACGGGGUGUCUCAAAAAGGCGAUGUCUACAGCUACGCCAUCAUUGCUCAUGAGAUUGUAAUGAGGUGGACUCCAUUCUUCACACAGUACUGCUCUGAUCCUGCAGAGAAGCUCCACAGAGUGCAGUAUCCCAGUGGGACGAGCUACUUCAGACCAGACCUUAACUUUGACGGUGCAUCUGAGAGGGACAUCGAGCUGUUCAUGCUGAUAAAAACCUGCUGGGAGGAAGACCCAGAACGAAGGCCAGAUUUUAAGAAAAUAGAGAUGACUCUGGGUAAGAUUUUCAGUAACCUGCACAACCAAGCCAGUGAGACGUACAUGGACAACCUGAUCCGUCGCCUGCAGAUGUACUCCAGGACUCUGGAGCAUCUGGUGGAGGAGAGGACGUAUUUGUACAAAGCUGAGAGGGACAGAGCCGAUCGGCUCAACUUUAUGCUACUUCCUCGGCCAGUGGUGCUUUCACUGAAGGAAACGGGGAAAGUGAAACCAGAGCUGUUUGAGGAGGUAACCGUCUAUUUCAGUGACAUCGUAGGAUUCACCACCCUCUGCCACUACAGCACCCCCAUGGAGGUGGUCGACAUGCUCAACGACAUCUACAAGAACUUUGACAGCAUCCUUGACCACCAUGAUGUCUACAAGGUUGAGACAAUAGGAGAUGCAUACAUGGUUGCAUCAGGUUUACCCAAACGUAACGGCGACCGGCAUGCAGUGGACAUCGCCAACAUGGCUCUGGACAUCCUGUCAUUUGUAGGGACUUUUGAGCUGCAGCACCUGCCGGGUAUCCCUCUGUGGAUCCGUAUUGGUGUGCAUUCAGGACCUUGUGCAGCAGGAGUGGUGGGGAACAAGAUGCCACGCUACUGUCUUUUUGGAGAUACGGUCAACACUGCUUCACGCAUGGAGUCCACAGGCCUUCCUCUGAGAAUUCACGCCAGCCGGUCCACCAUCAACAUCCUGCUGAGGACAGACCGCAAGUUUGAAUAUGAAAAAAGAGGAGAGACGUACCUCAAGGGUAAAGGCAAAGAGAUGACAUACUGGUUAACAGGAGUGACUGGGGGAAAAUACAACCUGCCAACACCACCAACAGCAGAGAACUUCCAGCGGCUCCAGCAGGACCUGGCAGAGAUGAUUGUGUCGAGUCUGGAGAAGCGUGGAGUCGAGAGCGAGUGCUUCAAAAAGAGGAAGACCCUGUCCACCAAAGUCCGUCGGAGGGAGACCAACAGCAGCUUGCAGGGGGAGAGUUCGCCAGACUACUUCCACCUGGCUGUCACUGACAACCCCGGUACCUAUCUCUGAAGAGGAGCUCUCCUUACAAGAAGUAGACAUUGCAGAGGUGUACAGCCUGAACCUGCCUGAAUCAGCAGCGCUGGGUUUCUUUGAGUGACAGUCGAGCAGCGGUGGAACUACCAGGCGUGCUAAAAGUGAGACCCUUCACCCCUCAACACCCAUCUGCCUGCCACACAAAAUGAACUGUUUAUCAGUCUUUUCUUCUUUUUUUUGUAAAAAGGAAUACU